GACACUACUUUUUUGACAUUUGCACACAAGUCCGCGAGCAAGCUUCGGUGCCUUGGGCUAGAAGGAACAUAGUCAUUCUUUGUAUCUAUACAACACAGCAUUCCCAUCACGCCACUUCACAACUUCCGUCAUUGUGCUGUAUCACAAGCUCGCACACUAUCCUAUUAUCAGCCCCGGCGUGAACGACUUCGAAAAAUGUGCAAGAAGGCUGCCUGUGACUCGUGCCACAAGACCACUUGGUGGGGUUGUGGCAAGCAUGUCGCCGGUGUCAUGUCGAACGUUCCGUCAGAACAAUGGUGUACAUGUGGACCGCGGAUCGAACAAGAAGGACACAAAUACCCACCGAUGGGCACGCUGUCAUCGGCGUGACUUCCAGACGUCAUGCGGGGUCGGCCGAAGCAGGGGUAAUAUACAUGCACGGAGAAGGAGCUGUGGCCCUUGAUCAAGGGAGGGAGAUGUGUAGUGCAGACAUGUACUAGUUGCUGCGAAGGCUAUGGGCUUGUGGAAGUUCUUUAAGCGUAACGAAUUGCACGAUAAUGACCAGAUUGCAUAGUAGAAACAACAUAGCGAGUGCGUUGCAUCUUG